AUGAAAGCUGAAGCAUGGGUGUUGGGAAUAGAGAAGCUAUUUGAAGUCUUUCCCUGCACAGAAGCUCAGAAGGUGCAAUUGGCUGCCUUUAUUCUUGAGGAUGAGGCACGCAGAUGGUGGAUGCUUACAAGAACUGUACAUCAAGGGUUGACAUGGGACAGAUUUUUGGAAUUGUUUUAUGACAAGUACUUCCCUCAAAGAAUGCGAGAUAAGAAGGUAACGGAAUUCGAAACUCUCAGGCAAGGGAACAAAAACGUUGCGGAAUAUGAAGCCCAAUUUGCAGAAUUAGCUCGGUUUGCACCCCAUAUGGUGGAUACGGAUUAUAAGAAGGCGCGCAAAUUUGAAGGGGGAGUACGAAGUGCUAUCCUGGAUAAGGUCAACAUGUUGAAGCUACCUACUUACGUUGAUGUGUUGGAGAGAGACGUUAUAGCGCAAGGAAAUCUCGCUACUCAGAGCCGAAUCUCGGAAUGGAAAGGGAAGAGACAAAAUACUCAAUGGUCGAAGGGAUCACCUACUCUACCAAACAAGAAGCAGACUUUAGGGAAUUCAAAUACUUCUACCCCUAGUCAGGAUUCGAUACCGACUUGCCUGGAAUGUGGGAAGAAGCAUCGUGGAACGUGCUAUCGGAAGUCUGGAGCCUGUUUUCAGUGUGGUAAGACGGGUCAUUUGAUCAAGGAUUGCCCUCAAAGAAAUCAACAAAGUAAUAAUAGAACCACUACAAGUUCAGCGGGGUCUGCACCGACUUCCAACACCAAGGCAACUGUUAAACCUUCUAAUAAUAAAGACACUGUGAGACAAGGCAGGGUGUUCGCAUUAGUUCCGGGAGAUGUGCAAAAUGCAGCAACAGUGGUGUCAGGUACAUUUAUUGUUCACGGUCAUUUUGCUCACGUAUUAUUUGAUUUUGGCUCCACCCACUCUUUUGUGUCGAAACUAUUUGCUCCUAAGUUAGAUAAAACUGAAGAAAAACUGUCUUAUAUGUUGUGUGUGACUUCACCUUUGGGAGGCCCUAUGAUUUGUACUUCUAUCUAUGUUGCUUGUGAACUCCAACUUGGGGAUAUCCGGGUAUAUGCCAAUCUGUUACCUCUUGAUAUGGCCUAUUUUGAUAUUAUUCUGGGAAUGGACUGGUUAGGUGAAUAUGGGGCAACUAUAGAUUGUUUGACUAAACAAAUCAGUUUCCACCCUCCGGGACAAUUAGGGUCUACCUUUUAG